ACAGAAUCUUAACUCAUUUGUUUCGACCUUACAAGAUCACCUAAAGUUUUUUAACACACUCUUAAAUCACAACUUAAACAAAACUAAACCAAAAAACACCCAAAAAAACCAUCUUCUUUCAAUCUUGCCUUUAUUAUAAACUUGGAAAACAAAAAACUACCUUCACCCACCAGUAAUCACCCUUUCCUCUCUCUUUUUCACACACUUUCUGUUUUCUCUCUAAACAAAAACUUAAACAAAAACAUAAAAAUGGUGUCCCCUGAAAGAAGUAGAUCAAUGGGGGAAACAACAACAACAAUAACAACAAUGGCAAGUCCAAGGAUCUCAUUUUCAGCAGAUUUUUUAGAUGAUGACAGUUUCAUCUCUAUAAGCCCAGGUUCAUCGCUAGACAAAGACGAGGUGAUCGAUUUCGAGCGAGAAAUGGUUAAAAAUGGCGCAGAUUUUGAGUUCUUAUCAAGCAAGAACAGUGUAGAUGGAAGUCAAGCAAUGCUGACAGCAGAUGAACUUUUCUUUGAAGGGAAACUUUUACCCUACUGGCAAAUCAACCAUGCAGCUGAAAAGCUCAAGAAAAUCAACCUCAAAUCUUCAGGAGAUCUAGACAAAAGCAAUGACAAUGCAAAUAAGUCGAAAAGAGAUCAACAGGUGAACAAUAAUAAUAAUGUUAAUGCAAGUGGUAUUGUUCUAGGGAGAGAACAACAAGAACCAAGGAUAUGGUUUGUUGAUGAUGACCCAUCACCAAGACCACCAAAAUGUACUGUUUUAUGGAAAGAGUUGUUAAGAUUGAAGAAACAAAGAUCAUCAACUUUGUCUCCGUCGUCGUCAUCGUCAUCAUCAUCAUCUUCUUCAAGCUCUCUAGGUGAUGCUGCUGCAAUAGAAGAGAAAGAAAAAGAGGGAAAUAUGAGUACUAGGGAGAAACAUAUUAGAAGGAUUAAAAAGGGUUUAGAAAGAACUAAGUCAGCUACUUAUAGAAUUAGACCUAUGGUUAAUGUACCCAUUUGCACUCAGACUGGGAAAAGCAGCUCAUUACCUCCUCUAUUUCCUCUCAAGAAAAACAAGCUUGAUAGGUAAAAAUGGGAUUUUUCUUCUUCUUUUUUUUCAGCUUUUUUAUUUUAUUUUUGUAUUAUUAUUUUGUAUUUUUUUGAGUUUAAUUGUCAAAUCUCAAAUCAGUUGGUGAAUCAGUAGGAUUCUUGAUUAAAUUAUGUUGAUGAACUGUCCCUUUUUAAAUUUUCUGACCCCCACUCUUCCCCAUCCUCUUCCACUCCCUUUUUUUUCUCCUUUUUGGAGGUAUAUUAUUUUCUUUUCCCUUUUCUUUAAUUCAUGUUUUUCAGGAAAUUUGGUUUUAGUGGAUCUGAAUAUGAGUGUAUCAUUUACCAUGUA